AUUGGCUGAGGUCUGCAGAUGCCAUGGGACCAGAUGCUGCCUAGAAAAGAGUACGCAGAACCAGUGAGAAUGAGCCCGACAAGCUGCCCUCAACACUCCUGGUCAUCUUUGGUCUAUGAGUAGGAUCACUUUGCUAUGGCUUCCUCUGUGGCAGUGGUGGCCUUGUGGCUUGGGGGUCAGCAGAGAGACACCUUCUAAUGCCAAGAUGGUUUUUGGAUUUCCACGGUUAUUACAUUCAUCUUUGUGUGUUUGUCUCUCCCUUCCCAUGAAUCCUGAAGAGAAUGGAAAAAUGGCAUCAUGUUGAUAAAAAGUGAUGCCUUCCAGGACAUUCUGUAAAUGUCCUAUGUGCAGAUAUGGUCAAAAUGAAUAAUUCAGGCCAACUGAGUGAACAUUUCUCCAGAGAUGCUUGAGAUCUUGGAGACAUCUCAGCUUUAAUGAGGACUUUCCAACAUUCCAGACUGCUGUCCUGCAAUGAAGCUCUGAGUCACGGUCUGUGAGGCUAAGGUACUGGCAACGGUGUGAACGCCAGGACAACUAACCUCACUAACCUUCACUCUAAGCAGAAGCCCAAAGUGAGUUUGGCCUGAAAUCAGAGCAAGCACUACAGAAAGACAUCUUUGUUAAUGGAAAGAGGAAAGAAGAAAAGAAUUUCCAAUAAGUUACAGCAAACUUUUCACCAUUCUAAAGAACCCACUUUCCUUAUCAACCAAGCUGGGCUUCUCUCUAGUGACUCCUAUUCUAGCCUUUCGCCAGAAACAGAGAGUGUUAAUCCUGGUGAAAAGAUAAAGACAGACACUCAGAAAAAGAGACCUGGGACUGUGAUACUAUCAAAACUGUCAAGUAGAAGAAUUAUAUCGGAAAGCCAGCUUAGCCCCCCUGUGAUCCCGGCCCGCAGGCCUGGAUUCCGGGUAUGUUAUAUCUGUGGUCGAGAAUUUGGGUCCCAGUCAAUUGCCAUUCAUGAACCCCAGUGCUUGCAGAAGUGGCAUAUUGAAAACAGCAAGUUGCCCAAGCACUUGAGGAGGCCAGAACCCUCCAAACCACAGUCUCUCUGCAGCAGGGGGUCCUACAGUCUUCAGGCAACUAAUGAGGCUGCAUUUCAGAGUGCCCAGGCUCAGCUGCUGCCCUGUGAAUCCUGUGGCCACACAUUCUUGCCAGAUCGUCUUCUUGUUCAUCACAGAAGCUGCAAGCCAAAGGGUGAGGGUCCCAGAGCACCACACUCUAAUAGUUCUGAUCAUCUUACUGGCCUCAAGAAAGCUUGUAGUGGAACCCCAGCCCGACCAAGGACUGUUAUCUGCUACAUAUGUGGUAAGGAAUUUGGCACCCUGUCCCUUCCUAUUCAUGAGCCCAAAUGCCUGGAAAAGUGGAAAAUAGAAAAUGACCGGCUCCCUGUGGAGCUCCACCGGCCACUCCCACAGAAGCCUCAGCCCCUUCCGAAUGCACAGUCCAGCCAAGUGGGACCAAAUCAAGCUCAGCUUGUGUCCUGCCCAAGUUGUAGCCAAAUCUUUACCUCAGACCUCCUUCUGGUACACCAGAGAAGUUGUAAAACUCAUCCUCAUGGGCCAAAAUAUCAGAAUUUGACUUUAGGGAGUAAAGGAGGCCUAAAAGAGUCCACUAAUGCCAAGCAGCAAAGGAACAGGGCAGCACCCAGUGUAACUGAUAAGGUAAUUCAUGCCACACAAGACGCAUUAGGUGAAUCUGGUGGUGCCCUCUGCCUGUAGGGGAACAAGAGAAAACUAUCCCCAGAAUCAGCCACCUCAGCCCCUAGUAUUUUUUCUAUCAAUGCCUUGUAUCAGCCUCAAAGCAGCCUGUUCAAGUUAACUCCCUGUUGAACUCCAGGGCCUAUACCUCUCUUGGCUGAAUAGAUAUAAGAACAUCCUUGCCUGAUGGGUUCAUAUUCCUCUUCAAUUCUGCUGUCUAAAAGAAGAAGAGAUGGACUUCUUUCUUCCCUGAUCCCUGAUACGAAUAAUCCCUGGGAGAGACUGUAAUUUGAAAAUGAGUCAUUAAUGCUGUGUCUACAUUACAGAGAUAUAAUUCCCAUUCCAACAGCCAAUAUUUAUUGCCGGUUUAUUUUAGUCAUCUACCUUAGGAAUUCAUUUUUGGCAAUGCUGGGUUAUGCUGAGUUUAUCUUACUAAAAUAGAAUCUGUGUCAAAAACCCCAAAUGACUUUAGCAACAAUUAAACACUGAAGCACUUGCAAAAAUACACAUGGUCUGUAAAUACAGCAUAUUUUUUCUUUUGACACGUACAUGGUUGUAGUAAGUAGGAAAUUAACCCCAGUGUAGACACUGAAGCAACUAGGUUAUAUUCUGUGAGGUGCUUGGUUCCUGCUGCUGCUCUGUGCCCUGUGUUCAGGCUGAAGACAAGGCCCUGACCCCCCAACUUGGGCCAUUCUGAAUAAGCAUGAGCCCAGGAACCCCCAGCUUGAAUGGCAAAGAGUUUUUAGGGUUUUAUCUAAAGUUUCACCAUGGGCAAGGAUUGGAGAGAGAUGAUUACGAGGGUGGCUACCUGCAAGAUAGGGCCUGGUCCAUGUUCUUUGUCCAUUAAACCAGAUUGUGGAUGUUUUGUCUUGUGUCAACCUUACAGAAUAUCAAAUUAUGAGAAACAGGAAGUGGUAAAAGUCUUUUUUCCAUGGCUUGCUACUUGAAAAGCCCAGCCUGCCAAGAUAAUGAAUUCUUAAGAAAACUAAGAUUAGGCCAGGUGCGGUGGUUCAUGCCUGUAAUCCCAGCACUUGGGGAUAAUGUAAAGCCCAGCCUGCAGGGAUAAUGGAUUCUUAAGAAAACUAAGAUUAGGCCAGGUGUGGUGGUUCAUGCCUAUAAUCCCAGCACUUUGGGAGACCAAAUCCUGAGGUCAGCAGUUCAAGAUCAGCUUGACCAAUAUGUCUCUACUAAAAAUAGAAAAGUUAGCUGGGCAUGACUGUAAUCCCAGCUACUCGGGAGGCUGAGACAGGAGAAUCGCUCGAACCCAGGAGUUGGAGGUUGCAAUGAGCUGAAAUCACACACUGCACUCCAGCCUGGGUGACAGACUGAGGCUGCAUCUCAAAAAAAAAAAAAAAAAAAGAAAAAGAAAAAGAAAGACAGACAGAAAAAAAAAAAACGAAGAUUAUACCAAGCUAUUGUAAAAGAUUAAACCAAAGGAAUUGGUUGGGGAGGGGGCAUUCUUUAUUUCUAAUAUGAUUUUUCUUUCUUUUUUAUUUUAUUACUUUGAGGACUGUCUAGUCCUUUGCUCCUAAAUUCCAUGUUUAAAAUAAAAUAAGUAUGGUCUUACUGGUUUAGAAGAUUCCAAGACCAUGAUUCGAAAGCUGAAGAGUCACUCACAGCUGCUGGGCAAGUUUUCCGAUGAACAUUGAAGAAAAAACAGCUAGUUUCUUUGCCUAACGAAAAACCAAACUCCUCAGUGUGGCAUGGUCUUCAAGCUGGUCUUAUAAACAUGACCUGUUUUUCCCAUCUUC